GGAGAGAAGACCCUUGGAGAGACUUAUUCUAAUUCCAUCGUUUUGUCUUGUGUCCUGGUCGUUUAAGAAACUGAAGAAAGCCAGCUGCACUUCCCGUUGCUGUAGAACAACUUUAAAACAGUGAAGAUGUUUACAGUGAUACGCCGCAUGUAAUCGUCUCUGAGCUGUUCACAAGAAACGUUCCGGUUUGACUCGUUGAUACAUUGAAACAUCUUCACCAUGAUACGCUGGGUGAUGCUCGCGAUUUUCCUGUCAACUGCGCAAACUCAAAGCAUCAGUAGCCAAGGACCCAUGGACGUCACCACUGUGAUGGUCAGCUCAAAAUCUCCAUAUCCAAACCCAGUUUCCACCCAUCAUACGAGCGUCGGACCUGCCCUGACGGCUACUGGAAAGACAGCGAUGACGGGUUCAGUGGUUAAUACAGGACAGGCGUCGACGACGUCAUCUUCUCGGGGUUCAACACAGUCAGCCACGGAUGAGUAUCAAGACACAACAUCGACUCCCUUGCUGGUUGUAUUGGUCAUCACUGAAUUGAUAAUCAACGAACCAGACGACAAAUGGAUUCAAAGCGAUGGCGGCCAAGCGCUCGAUUUCACAGUACGGUGUCGAGCACAAGCUACUCGUCUCACGUCUCGGGGGAUGAUAACUGGACUAUUCAAGCGUUUGUCGCCAGUGUCGAUAACGGGAAUCCCUCAUCCCCCGUGAUUCAGGCACAGCUGAGCGAUGUUUACCUCACAGCAGAUUUGCCACCCGGCG